UCGACUCUUCUUGUCAGGCUUUCUUUCUUAAAUUUUGUCUUGCCUUAUUGUUGCUUCCCAGGCUAUGUUAAGGAAUCGUUGAGAGUAUUGCAGCAACUAACUAGCAAGGGAUGAUUUUUUUUCAAGAAUCAAGCACAAACUGGAAUCAUAGUUAUCAUUUCCAUCUGAGAUAUAUGAUCGACAGUCUCGACUAAAAAGUAAUAAGGCAGUUCUCAUGGUAGAGCUUGAACGUCGUCAGCGACACUAGCUAGUAGCGUAUUGUAGCGUGAGUAGGGUAUUAAUAACUUUAUUGGGACAUUUCUGGUGAUUGGCAAUGAGACAACUGCAUAACAGCGAAUUUAACAUAAUAUACUAAGAAUAUACCUCGAGAACACCAUAAUCGUCAAUGUUUCUUCGGAAGGUUGCGUGGUAGCUAGCAUGAUAGCUAUGUUGCAGGUAACUAGAUUGCUAGCCUGGGUGUGAAUGUUGACUGACUGACGCUUAGUUAUAAGGCCUACAACUUAACAUUGCUUAUUGUAAAGAAGAUUUUGACAUUCCUUCAAGUGCCAUUGUUAACUAGAUUAAUACAAACCGUUUGCUUGCUAGCUAAAUUGUAUUGAAACUCAUUAGCUAACUUUAGUGGAACGAGUUUGUAGCCGGAUAAUCUAUUUCUACGACAUGGUCGUAGUGCAGCACAGCCCAUUAAGACAUCAAAUUGGUCACCUCUAGAAAUGGACUGUUCUGUGUAAACUGACAGCUGCUUUAUUGCAUUGGGUUAAUGCAGUUUUGCACCAUUCUACAGUUGGGGAGUUUUUGGUGCCACGUUUGACCUGGAUUGAGAUAGCUAACAAGCCACUAUCAAUCGUCUUGCCAGAGAUAAAAUGUCAGAAAACCAGGGCAACGCGAACAACAACGUCCCGCAAAAUAACAAUGGCGGGGCGAACAGGAUACGAAACCCUAAUAUCAACCAAAACCCACUCAUCAGUGUUCGAGACAGACUUUUCCAUGCCCUAUUCUUCAAGAUGGCAGUUACCUAUGCCAGAUUGUUUCCACCGUCUUUCAGAAGAAUCUUCGAGUUUUUUAUCCUACUAAAGGCACUCUUUAUUCUCUUCAUCCUGGCCUAUAUCCACAUCGCUUUCUCACGCUCGCCUAUCAACUGCCUGGAGCACGUUCGGGAGAAGUGGCCGCGUGACGGCAUCCUGCGAGUGGAGAUCCAGCGCAACUCGUCGCGUGCGCCCAUCUUCCUGCAGUUCUACGACUCAGACGGUCUCCAGGGCCUGGUCAAGGAGCCGGAGGGGGAGGGAGGAGGAGGGCUGGGCCUGGCCGCGCUCCACCACGAGGAGGAGGACGAGGAGGAGAUGACCCUGGAGAUGUUUGACAACAGUUCUGUGAGGUUUGAGCUUGACAUCGAGCCGCGGCUGAAGCCCUCACUGAGUGGUGGGGGAGGGGGCCUCAACGACAGCCAGGACCUCUCCUUCAGCCAGGCGCCCACUAAAGUGUGGCCUCAGGAGGAUUACAUAGUGGAGUACUCUCUGGAGUAUGGCUUCCUCCGCUUGUCCCAGACCACCCGGCAGCGCCUCAACAUCCCUGUCAUGGUCGUCACACUGGACCCCAUGAAGGAUCACUGCUUUGGGGACAGCUUCAGUCGCCUCCUCCUGGAUGAGUUCCUGGGCUACGAUGACAUCCUGAUGUCUAGUGUCAAGGCCCUGGCAGAGAACGAGGAGGACAAAGGCUUCCUCAGGAAUGUGGUGUCCGGAGAACACUACCGAUUUGUCAGCAUGUGGAUGGCUCGCACCUCCUACCUGGCUGCCUUUGUCAUCAUGACCCUGUCAGUGUCUAUGCUGCUGCGCUAUUCCCACCACCAGAUCUUUGUCUUCAUUGUGGACCUUCUGCAGAUGUUGGAGAUGAACAUGACUAUUGCUUUCCCAGCAGCGCCUCUGCUUACCGUCAUCCUGGCUCUCGUGGGCAUGGAGGCCAUCAUGUCGGAGUUCUUCAACGACACCACCACCGCCUUCUACAUCAUCCUCAUCGUGUGGCUGGCCGACCAGUACGACGCCAUCUGCUGCCACACAAACACCAGCAAACGUCAUUGGCUGAGGUUCUUCUAUCUGUAUCACUUUGCGUUUUACGCCUACCACUACCGCUUCAACGGCCAGUACAGCAGCCUGGCUCUGGUCACCUCCUGGCUCUUCAUACAGCACUCCAUGAUCUACUUCUUCCACCACUAUGAGCUUCCGGCCAUCCUGCAACAGAUCCGCAUCCAGGAGAUGCUGCUGCAGAACCAGCUGGCGGGCCAGGGGGGCAACCAGACGGCCCUGCAGGACAACCUCAACAACAACACCACCACCGCUGCAGCAGCCCCAGCUCGGGGAGGGGAAGCCAACGGCCAGGUCCGACCGCCAGAUGAGCCCCUGGCUUCUUCAGUGGCCCAGGUCCAAGGUUCAGCGACCCUGGCUUCCCAGUCAAACGGCCUGGCCAGGAGCGCCACGUUAGAAGGGGCCGUAGGAGAGUUGACGACGGAGCUGGACUGGUUGGCGGAGACGACAGCCAUCAUCACGGAGGCCUUGUCCUCCUCAGCCCCCCAACCUGGGGGGUCUUUGCUGGAGAGCACGGCAGGGGGAUUGCUGGGGGAGGCCAGAGGGGUGGGGAGGGUUGGUGUUUCUGAGGCAGGCCUCAGCGUGGUGGCGGAGAUUCGAAUGGCGGGAGGUGGUGGAGGAGAGAGCACAAGUGGUACCGGUCCCAGCUUGAUGGCAGUGGAAAUCAAAACCAUAGUGGCCUGUAGAGGCAGUGCAGCAGGAUCAGGCCUGCCUCCUCCCUCUCCAAUGGGAGGACUCCAGGAAGCAGAGACUUGCUUCUCUAGUGUCAGGCCGUCCCUUCCUCAACCACCUUUUCCACACACAGACUGCAGUAGGGCAGUGGUUGGGGAGCCAGAAUGCCCCAGGCAGAGCCCCACAGAUUGGGACUCCAAGACAGAGGAAGCCCCCAGCCCCACUCCAUCCUGAGCCCCCCCACACACACAUGCUCCCAUACGCAGAGGAAACAUAUAUCUUCUCCCCCUCAAUUCUUCUUCCAACACUGCAAGAUGCCGACGUGGCUUUAUUCCUGUAAUGUCAUUCUUACGACACCAAGGAGAAGAAGAGGGGGAUGGGAAGCUGAGGAAAAGAAAAGCCCCGCCCCUCAACUUCUCUUCAAAGGUGUGCAAUUGUUCGGAAAUGGCUAUCCUGACAUACAUUUUGUUGCCUUGAGAUUUAAAAAUGUUUUGGGGAGGAAAAUGUAUUUGUAAAAUAAUCAAUCCUAUUGCAUUGGUGAUAUACAAUUCCUUAAAGAUGAUGAUUCUGUUGGUUAGAGGGUGUCUCGACUGGCUUUGGAAAUGGCGGUGUAUGUUUCCUUUUGAGAGCACAGUGGACUACAAGGCUGCAACACAUGACCUCUUGUCCUAUCCAUCCAUUCAUUCCAUCUGGUCCUCAAACCCAUAAAAAAACAACCAUGUGUUUUGAGUUGCUCAUUUUUCUUUCAGAACUGUUAAACAGGCUAAUAAAGUUGCUGUGGUUUGUCAUGAUACUUGGCCAAACCCCACUUCUCACAA